AUGUCGGUCUUCUGGUGCCCGCGUCCACUGGGGACGCCAUCGCGCUCCCCACGUGCCACGUUAGAACAGGGCCGAGAGCGCUUCUCCUCCUGGGCCCCGCGGGUGCCCCUCCCCGCUUCCCGGUUCCGUGCGGCGCCAGGCGGCUCGCGGCGGCAACGCCAGAGGUCGGUGGUGGUGGCGUUGGCAGAGGGCCGAGGUAUCGCUCGGGGCGAGGUUGGCCUGGCCAGCACCGACCUGCGCUGCCCCGAGCUGGUCCUGUGUCAGUUCCCCGACAGCCAGCCCUACGUCAAGGCGAUCACCAAGCUGCAGGUGCUACGCCCACUGGAGGUGGUGAUGCCCCACACGGCCUGCAACCCAAACGCCAGCAAAAUGUUCACCCUGCUGAGGGACUACUUCCCUGAGGCCCACGUGACCACGGUGCUGAGGAAAUACUUCAACGAUGAGCGGGGCACGGACGCCGUGCGGAGGCUCUGCGUGCCCCACAUGGCCACCGUGCUCAUGGACGUGCAGGGGAAAUACUACUGCCUGGCUUCGCUGGCGGCACUGCUGCAGUAUGUGGAGUUCAUCCAGGGCGUGGUGCUCACCCCGGCCUCCGUCCGCGUCUCCUUCUGCGGCAGUGAGCGCACUGCCAUGAUCGACGGCACCACGGCCGCCAACCUGGAGCUGCUGCGCAACUCCCACGACCCCCGGAGCUCCCACUCGCUAUUCGGGGUGCUCAACUACACGAGGACGCGUGGAGGAGCGCGCCGGCUCAGAGCCAACAUCCACGAGCCGCUGGUGGAUGAAGAGAUGCUCAGAAGCCGUCUCGACUGUGUGGAUGAGCUGAUGCAGGAAGACAACUUCUAUAGAGUGCAGGCCGCUAUCAGUCAGUUUCUGAAUGUAGACCACCUGCUCUCAAUGCUGUUUCUAAUCCCUAAGACAGAGACGUUGAGAACUGCUGAGUCUAAGAUCAACUACGCCAUCCACCUCAAGCAUGUCCUGGAGUUGGUGUCUCCACUGCAGCGAGCGCUCAGCCCCUGCAAGACUCCACUGCUGACAGCCUACCAGAGCUCCCUGUUGGACUGCAGGUUCCCUGCGAUCCUGGGCAAGCUGCGCACGGUGCUGACCGACGAUUUGCCCUUCCGCAAGGGCAACCUCCUCUCGGCCAGGACACGGCGCUGCCACGUCGUGCGCCCCGGCCUCAACGGCUUCCUGGACCUCGCUCGGCGCAUCCUCUCCGAGGCCGUCGGAGACAUCGAAGAGAUCAUCAAACAGCUCUCCGAGAUUCACAACCUGCCCAUUCUCUCUCUCCCAGAGAUCAUCAAACAGCUCUCCGAGAUUCACAACCUGCCCAUGUCCAUGAGCUACAGCGCCGUGCGUGGCUUUUACAUCCAGACGUCCGCUCACUCCCUGCAGCCCGAACAGCGUCUGCCAGAGGUCUUCAUCAAGGUGAGCAAACGUGGGAACCUUCUCAGCUACACCACCAUGGACCUCAUGAGGCUGAACUGCCGCAGCCAGGAGGCCGUGAAGGAGAUCUACCUCAUGUCCAACGUGUGA